AUGUCACAAUUACGCUUCUUUUUGGGUACUGAAUUUGAUAAAUUAUUUUUUGACAAACAAAAUGGAGAGAAAUCAUUGGGAAGUCUACUUGAUGAAGAUAUUGGGUUUGCUAACAUAAAAAAUAUGGAAAAUGCUUUGAUGAAGCGGUUAAAAAAUUUAGCAAGUUAUAUAAAUGGACGAGAAAUCCAACAAGAAAUAUUUAUGAAUUUGGUUUAUAAUACAGCAGUUUUGAACAUUCAAACACAACAUCAAAAGUCUUUGGCCAUCCUCGGUGCUCCAGUAAAGCGUCCUGAAAUCUUUGACUCUGAUAAUUUGGAAAAAAUAUUUAAAAAUUUAGAAAGAAAGACAGAUGGAGCCAUAGGAAUUCCUUUUGAUUUAUUUUUCUGUGCUGGUGGUGCAAGAGACCAGAUACGGACGCGCUUCAUAGGUUAG